AUGUGUAGGUGGUUGGAAUUCCUAAGCCCACCUUGCGAGAAAUGCUGCCGUUCAGCUGGAAGCAAAUCACGGUGUCGCGAGGAGACAAGGAUUGAUUUGGCAAAGUUGGUAACUGAGAAAGUCAUUUCAUCGCCUGGCAAGGGAGGGAAUGCCGAAACUGCUCAGGAGUUCCUCAUAGUGAUGCUGAUCAGGAGGGACAAUGUCAUCAAAGACUCGAGUAGCAUUCAUGUCCUCACGUACAUAAAGUGCCACGCCUCCACCAGUGCUUUCUUGAUCAUGAUGGAACUGUUCAUAUCCUUGAAGAAAAUCCACUGUCUUCCAGCACCUGCACUUCUGAAUGGCAAAUUUUCUUUUGGUAUUUGCGAAACAAGGGUUUCUUCGUCGUGUCUUUACGAGUGUUCCACGGGGUACAUGAUUACGGAUAGUGUACUGCAUUGUACAGUUCCCCCAAAGACUCAUGAGGGUGUAUGGUUUGGUGACAUGCCCAUUUGUGAAGUGCAAACUUGUGACAGGCCACCUUUGUACGGGAUCUUGAAAGUUAGUGAUGACACAUUGUGUGCCAAUUCCCCUGAUGUCCCAGUCAACGAGACUUGUUCCUUUAGCUGCACCGAAGGAUACGCACUCAAUGGUGAUGAAGUCAUUCAGUGUGGCCUCGAUGGAUCAUGGCUCCAACCCAUUCCAGAAUGUGAAGGUGAACUUAUCAAAUGCAAAAAAUACCUCCCUGAACCCAAAAAUGGGGGAAAGAAUGGAUGCCCUUUCCAAGAAGAGCAGUUCGGAACCACUUGCACUCUCUUCUGUGAUGUUGGUUUCAAACCGGUUAACGAAAGUGAUCCUCUCCAACGUACCUGUGCUGCAAAUGAACAGAACAAAGGCUACUGGGAAGGCGGUGGAACAAUCACAUGUACAGAUGUAACUUGCGAACCACUAUCUGAUCCGGUCAAUGGUAAAAUCAUAUCAUGUACAAACGAUGGAUCAAGCACCAACGUCAAUCACAUACAACAUUAUAACACAAUCUGCAAAUCAUCCUGCAAUCCUGGCUACACUCCACAGUACAGCAUCACUCGUAGAUGUAUGGAGGAUGAAUCCUGGAAUGGCAUUGAUCAGCUCUGUCAAGAUGAAACUGACCCGGAAGUUACGUGUCCUUCAGAUCAGAUUCUUUAUGCAGACUACAACCAGCUGGAGGCAACAUUUCUUGCUGACAAAUGGGAGCCUGUUCAGGCCACAGAUGCUGGAGAUACUUUGACAGCGGAAUUAUUCAAGGUGGAUUCAAACUUAUUGUCUGGUAGUAAUCUUUCUGAAGGAGAGCAUUCUGUAGAGUACCGAGCAGAGGAUAAUGCAGGCAACUGGGGAUCUUGUUCAUUCGACUUGGAUAUCAAAGUGACUAGAUGCCCUCCGCUGUUUGUCCCACCAAAUGGUGAACUAACGAUGGAAUCUGGUAGUGGUAGCUGUACAGGAGGGGCCAUCUAUGGAUCUGAGUGCCUAGUUUCUUGUAAGCCAGGUUAUAAACUUUCAGUCGAAACUGAAGAUGAAUCAGUUUCACUCGUUUGUAAUCGAUCAAGUUCAACUACUACUGUUGGAGUAUGGACUGAUACACUCCCAUCCUGCAACCGAAUUGAAUGUGACAUUCCAUCGGUUUCCAGUGGUUCUGUUUCUGGUUGUCCGAUAUCUGCUCUCUAUGGAGAUCCAUGUUAUUUCAGAUGCAAUGAUGGAUUCAAGACCAGUGAAGGAUUGAAGUCUAUUACCAGAGUUUGUCAGGAUAAUCGCAAAUUUGAUGGACAAGAUUUUCAAUGUGAUGUCCAGGUAAGAUGUCCUCCGUUGAGUUCCCCUAACAAUGGUUCUGUGACACCGGAGAUGUGUACUCAUCCUGAUGGAGUGCUCUUUGACACCCUUUGCUCCUUCUCAUGCGAUAAUGGGUACCUACAGAAUGGGGUCUACCAAAAGACAUGCCUAGAUACGGAGAUUUGGAAUGACAUACGAGAAGUAACAUGUACAGAUAAUGAAGCACCUGUUUUCUCACCUCCUUGUCCGACGAAUCAGUACUCCAAUGCUGAUAAAGGAUACACCUAUGCCUCUAUACAUGAAAUCAGUGACUUGGAACCUGAAGUGUCUGACAAUUCUGGUGAAUUCACUUUGACACUGAAAUCAAUGAUACCAAUAGAAAACAAGUUUCCUGAGACCCCAACAAGAUUGACCUACAAUGCUAUUGACUCUGAAGGAAAUCUGGCAGUUUGUGACGUUAUUGUUCAUGUUACAGUUUUCCGAUGUCCUCGGCUUCAAGCUCCUUUUCAUGGAUCUGUUGUGAACUGCUCUGUUAGUCCUGUGUAUGGGUCUCAGUGUUCCUUCUCAUGUAAUGAAGGAUACGACCUUGUAGGAUCAGAAACAAGAACAUGUGAAUUGAGCGGUAAUUAUGGACCAGCGAGCUGGACCGGUACCGAACCAUUAUGUCAAGGUUAG